UUCUUUAGAUCAAGAUAAAAGACUCUUCCGUAUUUGGCAACUAUCAAUGUGUUGUGAGCAAUAUCAUGGGUGAAGCUCAAAGAACCAUAUCUUUAAUUGAAGGAGUUGUUCCAAAUCCUCCCGACGUCAGCAUUUGGAGCGAUGAACCGGGAGUAUUGAUUUUGAAACUUAUGCCAUCGCCGGAUGAUGUGCUUCCUGUGCUUGGAUAUAGGAUACAGUGGCGACUUGUUACGGAUAAUGUGUGGCGACAAGUCAGAUAUCAUCGAGCAAGUGAAGGCAAUGAAUUUGUGAUACAAGAUCUGAGCUUCGAAAGUGAUUACGCUGUUCGUGUAGCUGCGCACAAUUCAGUGGGUUAUAGCAACUAUUCAGAAGAAAUAGUUCAGAAGGACUAAAGGCCUGGUUGCCGAGACUGUCGUUGAUGGCAGCAGCGUGUCUUCCUCUUAUAACUGCGCAGUGCAUCUCGAUGUUGCUCUCUUCCACCGUCACAUGGUGCUUCCGGUGCUUUUCAUUCUUGUUAUUUAUAUUCACCGCUGAAAAAUGGUGCAUUCCCCUUUGUGAGCAAAAAUGUGUCACUUGGCAUUUCUUUGGAAUGAAGAUUCUAUCUGAAGAUCAUGCUUAAAUGUGCACACGCUGUUGUAAAAUCGGAUGUGGAUGUGAACUAUUAAACUCCGAAUUAACUGUGGUUGAUAAAACGAACAGUUGUGUCUUUUCGAAAAAAAAAAUCAUUCUACUAAAAUUUCAGUAUUUACAUCAGCACUAUGAAAUCUUAAGGUCAAUCGUAAAACAUUUUAUGUGGAUCAGGAAACAUGAUUUCGGACUAGC